AUGAAGGCAUACAGGGCUAAAGUUAUAGCUAAGAAACAAGCAGAAGGGGACUACACAGAACAGUAUUCCUUGCUCAGGGAUUAUGCCAAGGAAUUGCUGGAUAAGAAUCCAGGAAGCACUGUUAAAAUUGAUUUGGAAACUGGUAAUGCAAGGAGUCCAACAAGACAGUGUAAAAGAAUGUAUGUGUGUUUGGCAGCAUUAAAACAGGGUUUCAAGGCAUUGGGCAGAGAUUUCAUAGGGCUGGAUGGGGCUUUUAUGAAAGGCCCAUUCCCAGGGCAAAUCCUAACUGCAGUAGGGGUAGACUGUAACAAUGGACUCUAUCCUGUUUGUUAUGCAAUUGUUGGGUCAGAAAGCCUUAGUUCAUGGACUUGGUUUUUGGAACUCCUGGCUGAUGACCUUGAUCUUCAUAGUAACUCAAACUUUACCUUCAUCAGUGAUAGACAAAAGGGAAUUCUACCAACUAUCACAAAGUUUUUUCCAUGUGCUGAGCACAGAUACUGUCUCAGGCACAUUCAUGAAAAUAUGAAGCUGCAAUUUAAAGGAAAUCAAUACAAGGAUAAAUUAUGGAAUUGUGCAACAGUCACAACUAUUCCAGAAUUUGCAACUGCAAUAGACGAAUUAAAGUUUGAGAAUAUCAAGAAGGAAGCAACAUUUUACCGUGUUCAGUGGAAUGGAUGGGUAUUUUAUGAGGUUAGUGGUAAACCUAAUCAUGCACGUGUGGUGAAUUUGGAGAAGAGGACUUGUAUGCCCUGUAGACAUGCAGUGGCUGCAUUGUGGGAAAUGGGAGCUACCGGUGGAAGGGUGGGGGCUUUGGAGAGUUGGGUGCAUCCUGUGUACAUAAUGAAAAGGUGGAAGUUGGUUUACUCACACAAGAUUAACCCAAUCAAUGGAAGAACUAUGUGGGCUAAAGUUCAGUGUCCCAUAACCAUCAGACCUCCCAAGCACCACACCCAAGUUGGCAGACCCAAGAAGACAAGGAAGAGGUCAGCCGUUAAAAUGGAGGACUUGGCACUUACUGGAAGGCUCACAAAGAAAAACACAAAAGGAAAAUGUACCAAGUGUGGGGCCAAGGGGCAUAAUAUCAGGACAUGCAAGGGUGAGAAAACUGGAAGGGGUGCACAAGCUUAG